UUUACAUUACAAAAUUGAAAUUUCCCAGCCCAAAAUAGAAAAGUGAUAAAUCCACGAGAAUCAUCCAGGGACGGUUCGGGGUUUUGGAAAUUAUUGGGCCCAAAUAAUUAUUAGAAGAUCAAGUGGGUGCAUAAAACGUUGAGCAAUUGAAUUCAAAUUUCGAGCCAAACUAUUUCGCGUCAAAUAAAGCAACGAGAGGGAGAGAAUUGGAAGAGAAAUGGUAAUGUUGUGUUUCGUCUUAGAUUUACGUAGUCUUUCACCUUCAUUACUCGGAGACUUAAAGCAGUUGUUGCUACAACUUGCUAAUUUCUACGCCAUUUCACCGUCUUUGUGUCAAUCAAGCUCUCUCAGUGAUCGAAUCGGCUUGUGCUACCUCUUUAACAAACGCAUUUCUUCUUCCGAUGACGUACUAAAAAUCGCAUACAGACCAAGCGGAAACUUCAGUCUCCGUGAUUUCCACCACGCUGUUAACAACUUGCCUACUGAUGAGUUCUUACCUGAAAUCAAAGAUUCUGGAGCCAUCUGUUGUCGAGAUGUAAAACUUUCAAUUGUUUUGAGUGAUCAAGUGUUGUACUCUUGGGGAGAUAAAGAUAUUAUGAGGAAAGUGAUAGUCUUGAGUUCGUGUUUACCUGAAAAUGUAGACUCUGCCCUGGAAAAGACUCUCAUGGACGCAGCAGAUAAGUGUGUUACAGUUGAGUUCGUAUUGUUUGAGCAAAAAUCAAGCCAUCUUGGUGAUAUGCAGGAGCAUAUCAACAAUUUUCUUAGAUGUGUCUCUGAUCUCGAUAACUGCUCAUUUCAAACGUAUCUUCCAGACGUGAAAGUAUUUCGUGGCAUGGUCAAAAGAUGGCUACAUGAUUUAAAGGAUGACACGGAAGAACCACUACAAGCUCGUUUUGUCUUUAAGAACAACCUUUUCGGUUCAGUGAACCAGAUAUACUGCAACUUGUGUGCAUCAGUCAAUCGAAUCAUUGAUGAGUUUAGUCCCUGCCAGACUUGCAGGUGCCAUGGCAUUCAGUUAGGCAGUAUGGUAAAAGAUGGGAUCAAAGGACCUUCUUGUCCAGUCACUGGCCAUGGUCUGGGAAAAUUUGAUGUAAUUGAAAACUCUAUGAAGGUUGGAGAAAACACAAUCUUGUUUAUGCCAUCAUUUCAGAGCUCUAUGAAGCUCCAGCAAGUCUCUUUACCCAUAGAAUUCAAAAUUGUGGAGAAGACUCCUCUGGGGUCUCUAGAUGAAGGUGUUAUAAUUGGGGCCUCCUAUGUCGUAACUCCAUCAGCUUGUCAUGAGAUGGAAACUGCUUCGGGUGAAAUAGAUCACUCUGAGUUGAAUGCUCAACUAUUUCAAGGCCUUUGCAAUGCUCUACAUUCGCUGGACCUGGGUUUGAUAUGCUGUUCAUAUUGUAAUAUGCAAUCAAUGACGAAGGCUUCCUUCUACUGCUACUAUAUUCUGCAACCUUCAGAUAAUGGGCCAAUGCUUCUCAGGCGCCUUGCAGGGUCAGAGGAAGUCUUGCCUGCCCCUGAUGUCAACAGAUUUAUUGAUUCUUCAGUACCUAAAGAGAUUGAGCUUUCCAUUCAAACCUGUUUAUUAAAGAUAGAAUCAAGAGACUACAAUCCUCUCCUAUAUGAGAGAGGCUUCCAUCAAAAACUUAACACACUGGUUAAGGAGAGCUUGCAAUUUGGGUCCGUGCCCCCUAAAUUGCAUGAGACAACACUGGAACUAAUUGAAACUCCAUCAGAUUCUUCAGUAGUGAAAGAAAAGUUAAAUUCAGAUGUAGAUGCCAUAGUCGUGCGUGAGGAACCAAUGAUUGAUCUUACCACUGGAGAAGUCAAAACUGGUACUAGUAUUACUGAAGAGUGGGAGCAGCUGGUUGUCAGUGAAAUCCCAGAGAAAUAUUCUCCAACUUGUAUAACUAAACCCAAGUUCAGUCAGUCAGUUUUAUCACCACCAGAUAUAAAUAGGCAGCUGGAUGAAAAAACAUCAAGGAUAUUAGAAAGACUAGAAGUGCCCAGGAAGUUAAAAACAAAGGCAGUUUCUCCUAUUAGCACAAGUAGCAGUAUCUCAGACACUGGCGUGACAAUGAAGACGCCUCUUAUUCCUUUCCAGCCCAGUCAAUCUACAGACCAAGGAAUGACUUCAAGUCAGCUGAUGAAACCCAAUUUCCAGAGGCUAAAAAGGAAACAUAAAUGAAAAAAGUCUGUUUUUCGCACAAGAUGGGAUCACUUGUACAGAAGUUCCAUGAGGUCAGUGUGGUUACUUCUCUUCCUAUUGACUAUUUCUCUCUGUUCUUUCAGUCUUGUAGUGUCAACACACAGAAACCAUAUGGGCAAUGGUGUUAAUAUGAAAUAAUGUUCUAGUGAAUGCUGAAACAAAAUUACAAGAAGAUAAUUCACCACAGUUGGGUUUCAUUGUGUUCCAUA